CAGAUCCCUUUCUACUUUCUUUAAAGUUCCAGGGAAGUCGGGAACACUCCUACUUAUUUCCCUAUUCGUUUCUGAGAAGUCUAGACGACAUUUUAAUUCAGAAAAAAGAGCAUCUUGAAUUCUUUUUAGUGCAUCUAUUGUUUUUAGGCAAGAACAGCGCCAUUUUUUUCGACAAUGUACGAAGAUGACAAGUUUUAUUUUCAAUGGAAAAUCAAAAACUUUUCGUAUUCUGCAAAUAAGACUGGUCAAGCACUUGUGAGUCCGUCUUUUGUUGCCGAUGUUCUAGAUGAAACCAAGUGGCACCUUGCAAUUUAUCCAAGGGGCAAAGAUGAUGAAGAAUACAUAGACAUUUUUGUAAAAAGAUUGAAAGAUGAUGGCGGAGGUGUUAAAAUUUCAAUUAUAUUCACAAUUGAGUUGGAAGCGGCAGAUUCAUCGCGCCAAGAACGCAGAGUAAGUCUUAAUUCACUUUUUGAGCGAGGCACUACUUGGGGCUUCCAACAGUACAUUAAACGGCAAACCUUACUGGAAGACAUGAAGUCAACUUUCUUGCCGGAUGAUAUCCUAACAAUACAUUGCACGCUCGAGAGGGCUCCCACGGAAGUCGAGUAUAUCAAAGAAUAUAUUGCUGAGACGUUUAUAAUGACCUUUAAGAAGGAAUUCACAUGGAAUGUUAAGAAUUUGCGUAGAGCCACUGACUGUUGUGACAUAAGUGGUGCAAUUUACUGACGAAAGCAAUGCUUCCUUGCAAAUGAUCAUUUGCGAGAGUGAAGAUCUCAACAAAAAUAUGAUCCUAAAGGUGAGAAAAGUGGAAUCGGAAAUAAACACCUUUGUGAGUUGCCGCAUAUCUGUUUUGGACAGCCAAGGUGCUGAAGCAUUGGUUCGAACCACUCACCACUCUUUCGUUGAGGGAUUGCAAAUAAUUUCUCAGCAUCUCUUCGACCGACAGGAAAUAAAGGAUUCUUACUGGCAAGAGGACACCUUGAGUUUGCGAUUCGUUCUGAAUGUGCAAACAGAGAAGGGGUCUGAGACGAUUUCACAGAUAGUUCAUGAAUCUCCUAUUGAUGAAAAUCUGGAAGAAUAUAUUAACAAGGAGCUAAUCAAGGAUUACGAGAAUAUGUUCUUCAACGGCAAUUUUAGUGAUGUAAAGGUCAAUGCAGGCGGUAAAGUAAUCAACUGCCAUAAGAGCAUUCUAUGUGCGAGAUCGCCAGUUAUGAACGAUUUGUUGGACAAGGCUGACCAGGCAUCAGACGGCUGUGUGAUCAUUGAUAUCGACGACCUGGAUGGUGAUACAGUGGAAAGAAUGAUUUAUUUUAUGUAUUCUGACAAAAUUAACAACAUAAAUCCUACCAUAGCUUUAAAAUUGUUUCUGGCUGGUCAUAAGUAUCAGAUAAAAUAUCUCAAACAGAAGUGCUCGUUAUAUCUCAAAACAGCUUUCACUUUCGAGAACGUUUACGAUAUCUUAGUCGCAGCUCAUAUCUAUGAAGACGGCUCUUUAAAACGGAAUGCAAUAAGCUACAUCAGUGAGUAUUUUUCUGUUAUCUGCUUAACUCCUGAAUGGUCAAACUUCAGAAAAUCAGAAAAAGAACUAGCUGCAUACACCUGUUUAGAAAUUCGACGGAUGAAAAACCUGUAAUUUUAUUCAAAUUAGAAUGAAGUUUCAGAAGAAAAGUGACAUCAGUGUUUCUGAAGGAGGAAAGUGAAAAAAAUGAUGUCAUUAAAAUAUUUUGAAAAUAAAUAAAAAAAACAACAACAACAUAGAAUU